CUUGGCGAUAACCUAAUACUCUGUUCGCAAGUUGUGCGGUGGUCAUCGUAACUUGACGAAUGGGUGCGUACAAGUAUGUGUCGGAGCUAUGGAGGAAGAAGCAAUCGGAUGUUAUGAGGCACCUGCAACGCGUAAGGUGCUGGAAUUACAGACAACAACCUUCCAUCGUCCGUCUGACUCGACCAACUCGUCCAGAUGAAGCUCGUCGUUUGGGCUUCAAGGCGAAGCAGGGAUAUGUGGUGUAUAGAGUAAGAGUAAGACGUGGUGGAAGGAAGAGGCCAGUUCCAAAGGGGAUUGUGUAUGGUAAGCCAACGAACCAAGGAGUGACACAACUCAAGUUCCAGCGAAGCAAGAGGUCUGGUUCGGAGGAACGUGCUGGGAGGAAGCUAGGCGGUCUGAGAGAUCUCAACUCCUACUGGAUUAACGAGGACUCCACGUACAAAUACUACGAGAUCAUCCUUGUGGAUCUGGCUCACAACGCAGUGAGUAACGACCCGAGGAUCAACUGGAUUUGUAACCCUGUUCACAAGCAUCGUUGUUGAUACCACGAUUCGCAUUCCUGGUUAUGGGCCGAGGCCCAAGACGCACUGACUAAAUGGGCCCAAACCCAAUGCGAAGGGAGCCUGCUAAGCCCGGCGAGCGAAGAGAAGCGAUGCUAGCUGAUCUCCCAUGUCACUUCGGAGAUCGGGGAACGGUCAAAAGAUUCUCUGUAUUAAGUUAGCUUAAAUGAGAAAGCAAGAUUAACAGAGUGAAUUGAUUUGGCAUUUAAUUGUAAUAGAGUGGUAUAAAUAGCGGGGGUAUGAUGA